AUGUGGCCGCUACUAGUUCCGGUUUUACUCCUGGCUAACGAGACCAGCAGCUGGCUGCAGCCCAUCCUGGACAGUAUCUACAGGGAUAAGCCUUACGAAACUAUACUCCUGCUGAGGCAUAGUCGUGACCUUCGGAAUGAUAUAUCUGGAUUGGAGGGGAUUUCCCUGCCUAUCUUAAACUUCAAUGAGCAGAUGGACUUUCCCUUGAGGAGCACCUACAACAAGGAAAUGGUGGCUUUGAUCUGGCAAACAGGAAACCCAAAGUUUGACUCUGAUUUGUGGCAGGCUCUCGACCGGAAUCUGCUGAAUAUGAGGAAGGUCAGGUUGCUGCUCUGCCGGAGAUGGGAAGAAAAGCCAACCGAUGAGUUUGCUGAUACAACUGAGAACCUAAGAUUCCUGGAUGUAGCAGUAAUCGGUCAAGAAAAUAGGAUAUAUCAUUUACAGCCUUAUGCACCAAAACGUUGGCUGGAGGUUAAUCCAACCAAAGAAACUAUUUUUACACCAAUUCGGAACUACCGUGGCAAAUAUAUUCUAACUAUUCCCGAUCAGUUUUCUCCUCGCUCCAUAGUCUCUCGGAAUCCGGAGACCGGAAAACUAGAGAUGACAGGUUAUGUCUACAAGUUAAUCUUAGAAUUCACCCGGAUCUACAACUUCACCUUCCGUUGGGUAAAGGACAUUGUGCCAGGUGAGCAGCUAAACCUCUUCCUACUUCGGAAUAUGACUCUCAAUGGCACUAUAGACAUGCCCAUUAGCCUGUGUGGCUUUGAGAUGCCCUCUGAGCUUGGGGUUUUUUCGAGCAUUUAUGAUUUGGGGCUGUGGCUUGUGAUGGUUCCAUGUGCCCAGGAUAUACGCACCGCUGAUGUGUAUGUGGUCAUGGUCAGUGGACAAUUCCUGUUGGUCCUGCUGAUUUUCUACUACAUCUUUACGUUUCUGGACCUGUGUUUUGGAACUCUGCUUCUCCGAAAACGAGUGGACUGGUCUAGUUUUGUGCUAAACGAGCGCAUGAUAUCAGGAAUUAUAGGUCAAUCCUUCAACAUGAGAGCCAGGAAUACCCUAAGCUCGAGGGUCACGAAUGCCAGUCUGUUCCUGCUGGGACUAGUGCUGAGCACACUUUACGCGGCUCACUUAAAGACUCUGUUAACCAAGCGCCCCAAGGCCCGGCAGAUCUCCAACUUUCAGGAACUGAGGGAUUCUCCAGUUAGUGUAUACUUUGAUGAGGCCGAACGUUUCUAUCUAACCUCCUUUGAUUGGGAGCGACCCGUUACUGCGAUACGGGACAAAAUUCAGUUUGUAAACACCAGGGAUUUUCAUGAUAUAAGGAGCAGCCUAAACAGAUCCCAGUCUUUCUCCGUCUUGGACACAGAGUGGCUAAUAAUGGCCAAGCGGCAGGAGUUUUUCGAGCAGCCGGUAUACUGCUUUCUUCCGGAAAUGGCAAUCAUCCGAGCCAGUGUCUUGCUAUCCCUGCCCAUGCAGGCCAACUCCAUUUAUGAAUAUCCUAUGAACGAGCUUAUACAUCGCGCUCAGGAUGCAGGUUUGCUGGAUUUUUGGAAGCAGGAAACCCUUCGAAAGAUGAUCAGUCUGGGAAUGAUUUCCCAAAAGAAUCCUUUUCCCUAUGUGGCAUUUCGAGAAUUUAAGGUUGCUGAUCUCACCUGGAUAUGGUUGUUGCUGUUCAGCCUUUUAGCUUUGGCGUUUUUUGUUUUUCUUUGCGAACAUUUGGUUUAUUGGUUUACUGGGAGAGGUCAUUAA